GUCGCCCUUCUCGGCCCGAUUUAUCACGCUCCCCUCCGCGGCGGCGCCCCCCGCGGGCGCCCGCGCGCCUUGGAAUUCGCAGGCACCCCUCGCGGCGAUGUGGAAGGACCCGGUCGACGCGUCGAGGGAGCUCUGGCAGUCGCAGGCGCCCUUCCUCUACGACUUCCUGGCGGUGCAGCGCCUCACCGCGGUGUCGGCGCUGGCCUGGCCUGGGGGCGCCGCGCAGGUGUGCGCCCACUCCUGCGUGCACCGCCUCGUCGUCGGCAGCGUGGGAAGCCUGCGCCUGCUGGCGGUGGCGUUGCCGCUGGCGGGUGCCGGGCGCGCGCCGCUGGGUUCUGACGUCGACCCUCUUCAGCCGCCGGAGGCGAAGGUGACGCUCACCCACGCGGUCCCUCACGAGGGGCCCGUGGCGCGGGUGGCCUGCAGCCCGCACAGGACCCUGCUGCUGGCAGCGGCCUCCGCGAGGGGCGUGGCGCUGUUCGACGCGUGCAGGUGGAGCGCCGGCGCCGACGCAGCACGCGGGCCCGACCUGGUUCUGCGGGCGCCCCACGCCGUGGCCGCCUCUCCGCGGCAGGCCGCUGCAGCCGACCUGGGGCUGGCGUGGAGCCCUGAGCGCGAGGCGCACGUCCUGGCCGCCCUGCCCUCGGGCGGCGUGGGGCUCUGGGACGCCGCGGCCGCCGCCCUCGUGGCGGAGUUCCCGGGCCACGGGGGCCCGCCCGUGCCGGACCUCGCCGCCUCCGCGGCGCAGCCGGGCGUCGUGGCCUCCUGCGGCGCCGACGGGCGGGUGUGCCUGCUGGACACGCGCGCGGGGGCCGCGGGGCGCGCGCCCGUCUGGGCGGCGGAGGCGCACGAGGGCGGCUGCCGCUGCGUCUCGUUCGGCCCUCCCGGGCACGCCGCCGCGCUGCUGGCGAGCGGCGGCCAGGACGGCGCGGUGCGCCUCUGGGACGCGCGCCGCGCCGCGGCGCCGUGCAGGGCGCUGUGCCCGGGCCGCGGCCCCGGCGGCGGCCCCCGCGGCGUCGCGCGCCUGGCGUGGUCGGGCUUCGACGAGGGGGUGCUGGCCAGCGCGGACGAGGAGGGCCGGGUGUGCGUGUGGAGCGUGUGCGACGGGGGCGAGGCGGCGGAGUGUGGCGAGGGCCCGCAGGGGCUCCUCUGCGUGCACGGGGGCCACCUCGGCGCGGGUCCAGUGGCCCUGGCGUGGAGCCCCGACGUGCCGUGGCUGCUGGCCUCCGGCGCUGUGCCGACGGGCGCGCCGCCGGGCCAGGGGGAGCUGCACCUCUGGCGGCCUCUGGGUGCCCUGGGCUGAGCCAGGUGCCCGCGGGGGCGGGGCUCGUCGGGGGCAGCCCCCCUGGUCGUUCCCCCUUAGGCUCGGCUGGCCGCAGACAUUUCUCGGACUCUGGACGCGAGUAGGUGUUUCAGGCGUCUGGCCUGCAGGAGUAGGGCUCACACGCGGUUGCCCAGCAAUCGCGCAGCGCGGCGUUUGCUCCUGCUCCUGACAGGCAGUUCUGGCGCGCUGCCUCCUCCACUCCUCGCAGCAUUGCUCGAGGAGCCGUAAUACACACCGC